AAGUAUCGCACAAGGAAGACAAUAGUGAUCUUUUAGGCGUUAUCAGGAAGCGGGAUUCCCCAAUGGUUGAAGACAGGUCAUGAAAUAUGUUCGCUCGCGUAAGCAAAGCUCAGUAAGUUUGUGUCUAGCGAGGAAAUCAGUUUUGCUUGAAUUGAAGUAAAGGUGUUCUCAAUUCUAAAAUGAAAUUAACGUAUUGUUUGAUGAUGCUGCUGACGACGUUUUUGUUGGAAUCGCUCGCUGAUGAUGAAUCGAACGAAGACUUGCCGGAAGAUGUUUUGGCAUGUCCCGGUGGCUACUGCGUUAAGAUAUAUUUAUGCGUGAACAACACAAUUGUUAAAGAAGGCGAAAACAUCAUAGAAACAAGAUUGUUAUCCGACGAAGAUCCAGAUGAUCUUAUCAUGGUCAACCACCAAGUUGAUAGUGACGAUGACGGCUGCGAGGAAUUCCUAAUGAAAUGCUGCUCACUAUCAUCGCGCAAGGAAAGCUCAAGAACCCUACCUGCUGCGCCGGAUGCGACCGAGAUAGAUGUUCCUCUACCAACCUGUGGAAUGGGGAAUCCACGAGGAUAUGUCUAUCACGUAGAAGAUUCUUCAGUGGCUCAAUUUGCUGAGUUUCCCUGGAUGGCUGCACUUCUAAAAAACACAGAGUUGCUAAACGAGAAGAAGCAGAUAUAUUUCUGUGGCGGUUCAUUGAUACAUUCACAGGUAGUGUUAACGGCAGCGCACUGUUUACAAAAUUUCAAUUCACCUGAUGGUUUGAUAGUACGUCUUGGUGAGUGGGAUACAAUUACCGUAAAUGAACCAGUGAAGCAUGAGAGUUACGGUGUUCAAAAAAUCAUUAUCCAUGAAGCAUACCACAAACAAAAAUACCACAACGAUUUGGGUCUGCUAAUUUUGGAAACUCCCGCUAAACUGAACGUACACAUUCGACCGAUAUGCCUGCCAGAAGCAGGUGAGAUCUUCGACGACGCAAACUGCGUAACUUCUGGAUGGGGUAAGAAGGAGUUCAACGAGCUAGGAAAAUAUGCCGAAGUGCUGAAGAAGGUACAGCUACCCAUCGUCGAGCACAGGCAGUGCAACAGAAUGCUGAAAAACACCAGACUUGGACCGUUCUUCCGUCUACACUCGAGUUUUCUCUGUGCUGGUGGCGAACCAGGUGUUGAUGUGUGCAAAGGUGAUGGAGGAUCUCCGCUCGCAUGUGCUAAAGCAGACGGUAAAUUCGUACAGGCCGGUAUAGUUGCAUGGGGAUUGGGCUGUGGAGAUGAUGGUGUUCCAGGGGUGUACGUUAACGUGUCAGGAUUUGUUGAUUGGAUUAUACAUAAUUUAUCGGAAGAAGGCAUUGACAUGGCACCCAUGGCACAGACAAGUCCAUAGGCAAAUUAGUGAAAAGCGUAGUUUCUGUCAAAGUGUGUAAUAAAAAAAAAAUGUGAAAGUAAUAAUAUAAUUUGAUUAAGAAACAGGAAUGAUAAAUUUGAAACAAUUUAAGUUUUUUAAAUAAAUAAACCCAUAGGUU